UUACAUUUGAAAUCUAAACUAAAAUGAUAUCCAAAGUUAUUUUCUUUAGUGGCUUAUUGGCUUUGGCUACUGCUAGAAGCCUUAAUUUGCAAAAUAAUUUAAACAAAACCAUUGUCGUUUCUUUAACUGGCUUUGAAGAUGUUACUCUUGAAGUAAACCAAAGAGUUGUUGUUGAAAUUCCUACUGAUUCAGUUUUUAAUACCAGCCUUACAGCCGUUUACGCUGAUUGCAAAAAGCAGGAAUGUUAUGAUGUAGAGACUUCUCUCACAUUACACUCCGGAAAUUUGGACCCAUACGGAUAUCCUAUGGACGAGUAUGAAAUAAACUUGUCAAAAGGAUUUAACAUACCAUUCAGGGUGGUUCCAAUUUCUGGAAUGUUUUGCCUAGAAUUAAAUUGCUACAACAUUGAUAUAAUCAGACAAUGUCCUAAAGCGGAUUCGGUCCUCAACAAUGACGAAAUUGUUGGUUGCAAAACCCUUCCAAAAGACGACUUGGGUUGCUGGCCUAUUGAAUCCUCUUGCAGAUGGUACAACAGUUUUAAUAUUUUCUUUGACUUUGUAGACUAUAACCAAUAACAAGAAAUAUAUUAUGUAAUAUAAUGUAC